AGCGCGGCGCGCGCGCUGAAGAUGAGUGCACUUGUCAUGUUACAACUUACUAGCGCAGCCGCGAAACUGUAGUAUGGACCAGCUAUGUUGUCCAGAAAAGGACUUAUUCCCGACGACUAUUACUUGACUCGGUUGGCGGAGGAUGUGUUACAGCCCAAAUAUAAAUCGACCAAAUCGCGGACGGCGCGAUUCGUCGCCAAGAACGGAACCUGCAACGUCGCGCACACGAACAUACGCGAACAAGGACGGUUUCUACAAGACGUGUUCACCACUCUAGUGGAUCUAAAAUGGCUUCACACUCUGGUGAUCUUCACGAUGUCCUUCUUGUGCAGUUGGCUGUUGUUCGGGAUGAUCUGGUGGCUCAUCGCCUUCGCGCACGGAGACCUGGACCCGAAAGGUGACGAAUUUGUCCCGUGUGUAACGGACAUCCACUCGUUCUCCUCAGCCUUUCUGUUCUCCAUUGAAGUCCAGGUGACCAUCGGUUUCGGCGGACGGAUGGUCACCGAGGAGUGCCUAUCGGCCAUCGUGAUAUUGAUCAUUCAGAACAUAGUCGGCUUGCUGAUCAACGCCAUCAUGUUGGGAUGCAUCUUCAUGAAAACCGCGCAAGCGAACCGGCGCGCGGAAACGCUCAUCUUCAGCAAACACGCGGUUAUAACCGUCAGAAACAACAAGCUGUGCUUCAUGUUUCGCCUCGGCGACUUGAGGAAGAGCAUGAUCAUCAGUGCCGCCAUCCACAUGCAGGUGGUGCGGAAAACCGUCACCAAUGAAGGCGAGAUGGUGCCUUUGGAUCAGAUAGACAUCCAGAUGGACAACCCGCUGGGCACCAACAGCAUCUUCCUGGUGUCGCCCCUUAUCAUCAACCACGUCAUUGACAAAAACAGCCCGCUGUAUGAUCUGUCGGCGGCUGAUCUGCUGCACGAGGACAUCGAGGUGGUCGUCGUGCUGGAGGGGGUCGUGGAGACCACCGGCAUCACCACUCAAGCGCGGACCUCUUACCUGUCCGAGGAGAUAUUGUGGGGUCAGAGGUUUGUGCCGACGGUGUCUCAAGAAGACGGGAUGUAUGCUGUGGACUAUUCGAAGUUUGGGAACACCGUUAAAGUGCCCACGCCGAGCUGCAGCGCGCGAGCUCUGGAUGAGGCGGGAGGACUGGAGAGCUUUAAACUGCAGGAGUCCGGCAGGACAGGCGCAUCCGUGAGGAGAAGAGUCAAGAUCAGCACACCAAACAAACAGGAAUCUGUUACGUCGUUAACCUCCUGAGACGUUUUAUCAUUUUUUAUUUAACUGGAUUGGAAUAAAAAGUGACAUCCAAAUAGGUAUAACAACAAAACGUUGUCCGUAUGUCCACUGCAGUGGACACAAACAAUUUGGCAAGUCUCAAUAGGUUAAUGGUGAAAUAUUACGUUUGUAUGUAUAGUAAAAAGAGAUAUAAUAUAUAUUAAUAUUAUAUAAUAUUUUCGUUUGCACUGUUGCAACUACUUUUUUCCCCUUUAUAUUAAUUACCUCUAAUUGAGAAAUAUGCACGUUUGAACUGAGGUCUCAGGGAACUGAAUGGCUAUGCACAUGCUAUGAAGAAGCGCAUGACGUUUAAUGCAAUCCCUGUUUUAUGCCUUGUUAUAAAUAAACCAGCUUGUUUGUAUUGAA